GCUGAAAAAAUUUGUGGGCUUUUUCCUAUUUUCCAAGUUCUGUAGCUGAAAGGGUGUUACUGUACAAUCUGAAGGGUCUGGGAUGAUGAGUGCUUCGAAAUUCAUAAAAUGUGUCACGGUUGGAGAUGGUGCUGUUGGAAAAACUUGCAUGCUCAUCUGCUACACCAGUAACAAGUUCCCCACCGAUUAUAUUCCCACAGUAUUUGAUAACUUCAGUGCUAAUGUGGCUGUGGAUGGUAACAUUGUCAAUUUGGGAUUGUGGGAUACUGCAGGUCAGGAAGACUAUAGCAGAUUGAGGCCCCUUAGUUACAGAGGUGCUGACAUAUUUGUGUUGGCCUUUUCUUUAAUCAGUCGUGCAAGUUAUGAAAAUGUCCUGAAAAAGUGGAUGCCAGAACUUCGUAGAUUUGCACCUAACGUUCCCAUUGUUCUUGUUGGUACAAAGUUAGAUCUUCGCGAUGAUAGAGGAUACAUGGCUGAUCAUAUGGGUUCAAACGUCAUCACCUCUGCUCAGGGUGAGGAGCUGAGGAAACAAAUUGGGGCAGCUGCGUACAUUGAGUGCAGCUCAAAAACACAGCAGAAUGUGAAAGCUGUGUUUGACACUGCCAUCAAAGUUGUUCUCCAACCUCCAAGGAGGAAAGAAGUUGCACGAAAGAGAAGGCACAGAACCUCUGGCUGCUCCAUUGUGCGGGGAAUGGUUUGCGGAGGAUGUGCUGCUUAAUCAAGCCUAACAAGUUGAUCACUUGUCGAAGGCAUCAAGAAUGACUCUUUCAUCAACUGUACAACAACGUAUGACCAAUAUAUAACAUUACUACUUACUGGUAGUAGACUUGUAAGUGUUUUGGUGGGAGGGGGGAAGUGUUUUUUUUUGAAGGGGGAGGGGCUCAAUGAAAAUGCGGGCGCAGAUUAGAUUGAUGGCACAAAGACACAAUCUAAUAUUGUCUCCUGCGCAUGUUCUUUUUCUAUUAGACAAAGAUCUUCAUAGUAGUAUGUGUUUGUCUUGCUUUUCUCGGGAUGUUUCGAAAGUGUAGUUAUAAUUAAUGGUUUAUUCACAUUUUCCUCUCUCGCUUUGAUCAUUCUUUUCUUCUUGAGCAUAUAAAUGUAGUUUUAUUAAUCAAACAUCCAUAAGACCUUUUAAAUUAAAGGGAAUGUGACUACGUGAGGAGCAGAAACCGGAAUUGCAACAAUAACUCCAAAGGGAUUGUUAUUGUCUGCGUGAUGAUUGUUAGGUUGAGUUCGGUUCUUAGGUUGAGCAUUGCUUUAUGAGUUGCAGUGAUGAUUGUGGCCAAGUCUUUAUGGAAAAAGCAAA